UCUCUGACACGGCCGGGGCUGGCCUAUGUCGUUGUGUCGUUGAGGAAGGGAGGAGAACAGUUGAUUAAACCCACGAAGCAAUAUCUGCCUUUCGUGGGGACAGCAGCAAGGCCGAUCGCUGUGCUGUGAGUUUGAUCAGGAUUGGCAGGGGCAAGGGAGCCAAAGCAAACGGGGGUGGCAGCACACCAACGGGGGCGGCAGCAGGACGAAGGGCGGACCCUCACCACCAUGCACGGAUCCAUCACUACUAUACAGUGCGGCCUCCUUGUUCUGGUUCUUCUCUCCUCAUCUUUGUGGCCUAGCCACGGCGCCCAUGCUUUCGUCUCCACUCCGUUGGCUGGUGUAGCCGCUGUCUCCCGUCAGGCUCACACAGCCUUGAGCUUGACUCCGUCUCCUUCCGCCAUCACGAUGGUCCAGCCCUGCCGCUGGACGCCAGCUGCGUUAUCACGGUCGCGUCUUGAGAAUCAGCAGGCAGUCAUCGAGACCAGCACCACCGCCGUACAGCGUAGUGCCAGCGGUGAAGACUGCCAAGGAGCCACCCGACACCAAGGUGGAACCGGAGUAUCGCCCAAGAAACGAGCUCGACGCAUCACGAAGGGCAUCGCCAUGCUCGCACGUCGAGGCCCGUUCAGAGAAAGCAUGUCCAACGCAGGUGCUUCGGAAGGCUUGCCCAAGAUGGGAGAUCGAAGCGCGUGCGGAGACGACGGCGGCGAGGGGACCAGAGAUCGUGCCCUCCUGCUGUUGCCGCGUCUUGCACGGUGGGCCCUUCUGCCAUCCUUGGCGUUGGCCGGUUUUGCUCCGGCGGCGGCGGCGGCUGCUGCAGCGGCGGGAGUUGGGACAACGGGCGCGGCGACUGCUUUGUCUACCCUGCUCACCAACCGUUGGUACGUGUGGGCGGUGCUCAUGGCCUCUUCCAGCGCGGGGCUGUGGUCUGAGCGCACCCGCUGGGGAGCGGCCGUGAGCUCACCCCUGGUGACCAUGCUGCUCACGAUUACCCUCUGCAACGUCGGCAUCAUACCCGCGGCCUCCCCCGCAUACGACACCGUGAACCAGGUGUUCGUGCCGCUGGCCGUGCCUCUCUUGCUGUUCGACGCCGACCUCCAGAAAGUCCUUAGGUUUGCUGGGACAUUGCUGGCGUGUUUUGUCAUCGGCGCCGCCGGGACUGUGAUCGGAACGGCGGCCGCAGCGGCGGUUGUGCCUUUAGGGCUCGGCGGAGAUGGGUGGAAGAUUGCCUCGGCCCUCGCGGCCAGGCACAUCGGCGGCGCCGUAAACUACGUGGCGGUGUGUGAAACCCUCGGAGUCUCCGCGGAUGCCGUCGUGGCUGGUUUGGCCGCCGACAAUAUGGUGGUAUCCCUGUACUUCAUCUUCCUCUUCUGGGUCACGAAACCGGACAGACAAGAACAGUCAGCGCCCGCAACGAGGGAAGGCUCAACCAAAGCGAUAGGCUCAGCACAAGAAGAAGCAGCCCCUACAGCAACUCCCCAACCAUUAUCAGCAGCGACGGCAGCGGCAGCAGCGUCGCCACCUCCUCUAGCGGUCACGAAGGAAACAAUCUCUUACGCUCUGACCGCCGCCUGCGCCCUGUGCCUGUGCGGGGAGUUGCUCUCCAAGGUGGCGUUUGGCGGCAGGGUUAGUGCAAUCCCCUUGCUAACGCUGGUGACGGUAGCUGGGGCCACGGCGGCCCCGUCGUGGGUGGGGAGGCUGGGUUCCGUUGGCGCACAGCUGGGGAUCCUGCUGAUGCAGCUCUUUUUUGCGGUGACCGGAGCACAGGGCAGCCUUGCCGUGGUCAUGGGGACGGCGCCGUCGCUGUUGGUCUUCUCUCUCGUGCAGAUCGCGGUCCACUUCGGCGUGCUCGUCGGCGUGGGGAGGCUCUUCCGACUACCCUUCCGAGAGCUGGCCCUGGCGUCUAACGCGAACGUCGGAGGGCCAACCACCGCCGCCGCGAUGGCUGCUGCUAAGGGCUGGAAAAACCUGGCGAGUCCUUCCUGCGCUAUUGACUGGCGUACUCGGCUAUGCUACGGCGACCUUCAUCGGCGUGGGAAUCGGGCACACGUUUCUCAAGACCCUCGUUGCAGGCGCAGGAGUCUGACCAAUCAGCCGAUUAUUCAGUUGCUCCGGACGGACAUCAACCCGCCGAGGAUUUGAUCUAUUGCUCUGCAGUGCAGUUCUGGCCUCCUUUUUGGCGCAAUUCGGUGUCGUCGUUGUUGUUGCUACUUUUCGUCGUCUUAUUCUCGACCGCGAUUUUUCUCAAGCGUCGCGAGAUGCGCAGUUGGCAGGUACCGCGCCUCACCUGCAACAAGCUCGAGGUUUACAUGAUGCAACACACAUUGCGUCGCCAAACUGAUUCUUUUGUAAAGAACUACAAUAAAACAAACACUUCC